AUGUCGACACAUCUUAAGUUUAUUUUGUGGAACUGUCGAGGAGGUAUUCACAACUCUAGGAAGCAGAAUUUUAUUAAAGAUCUGGUUAGAGAUCAUGAUAUUGCUUUUCUUGGAUUACUUGAAACGAAAAAGGAGCUUAUAGAUUUGUUUAUGGUUCGGAGACUAUUCCCUCAUUUAGACUAUGAUUUUUCUUUUGUUCCCUCAAUUGGUGCUUCGGGAGGGCUGUUAUGGAUUUGGAACACAUCAGUUAUUAAUGUUACGUCUAUUUCGACUGGAGAUAGAUGGAUUUAUUCAGAUUUCAUGUGGGAGGGUAGUAUGCAGCGAUAUGUUCUCAUUUAUGCAAGUACGGCUGCUGCAGACCAUAUUAUAUUCUGGAAUGAAAAUCUUGUGGUUGGGUAUACUCCUUCCAUGAUAGCUUUGAAAGAUUUCUUUAAUGAAGCGGAGCUUAUUGAUUUACCUUUACAAGGAAGAUCAUUUACUUGGCACAACUCUCUAUCUAAAGGUUUAUCGGACCACUCUCCGAUUCUUUUUAAAGUUGGCAAUGAAGUUGAUUGGGGUCCUAAGACAUUUUGUUCUUUUAAUGCAUGGUGGAAUCAUGACUUAAAGUCCUCUAUCAUGGAUUCCUAA